AUGGCGGCAGAGAUGGAGACACUAAAGCAGCAGGUCAAAGAGAAGGGUGUUGCUGGAGUGGGUAAUCACAAGUCAGGCGACUCUCUCAAAGUGUACAACGUCAAAUAUUGGGAAACCUUCAACAAGAUCCUUGAUUGCCCGACGAACUUGGCAAUCACCCAAUACAAACGCGGUCUCUCGAUCGGAUAUAGACUGAGGAACUCGCUCACCAUGAACCAAUCGACUACCAUGAAGCUGUUGAUGCAACGCAUCAACGAGCACAUCCGAGUAGAGGAUGAUGCAACCGCAGCCACCAUGAAGGCGAAUUCGGUGGCAACGGACAAAAGGGUGGCUGGAAAAGUUCACAUGGUCGGACAGGAGGCAAACCAUCUAAUUGACCGCGUAAGAGAAUCAGAUUGUGGUCCGGAUCGUAGAAACUGGGGCAAAGGUCGCCGUAACGACCGAGCUGAUUAUCCCUGCGAUGCCAUGGCAGAUGCGAAUAGAAAGUUGAACGCCCGAAUAAGCAUCACCAUGGUUUUCAAGAUCCCAAUUUACCGCAUCCUUAGCGAAAUCCGCGAUAAGGUGUAUGUCCGAUUUCCAGCCAAGUUGGGUGAUGCGCAGAAGGGCUUCAAUAUGCGGUAUCGCUGCACCUUUCAUGGUGAGCAAGGGCGCCGUACGGAGCACUGUUUGCCCUUGAAGCAACACUUAGAGGAGUUGGUUGCCGUUGGUCACUUGGACCGUUACAUCGACGGGGGCGUCAAGGCCGCGUAUCAUGCUCUGGCUGAGCCAAAUAGUUUGGCUGCCCUAGAAGCACCCCUCUAA